AUGCGGGGACGCAAAGGUGUGCCUUUUCAAUUCUCCUCCCGGUUCCUGAAUCACCCUCUUAUUUUUAUUUUUUCUCCCCCUAAGAUUCCUUCCCCUCCCUGCUGCUCUUCAUGCAACCCAGACACCCAGGGUCCCAGGGCCGCGAGGCAGCCUCCAGCCCUGUCCUGGCCGAGGCCGGGGCCGCAGUCUGAAGCCGGACCCUCGCCCUCACCCGCGGGCCCCGAGGGCAGCCUCCUCGCCUCUGCCCAGGCUUCGCUCUUCCUGAUUUCCGCGGCCCUGAGCCAAGCUGAGAAACAUACUUGA